UAUCAUUUGUUCCUCAGGAUCUAAAAUCUUCCUCCUCCGAGGCGGUGAGCUCUUUCUUCAUCGGAUCCGCCGGCUUCGUCUCCGGCCGGAAAGGGUGCAAACAGCUUUAGGGAUUGACUGAGGAAUAGGAACUUGGGAUAAUUAGAUGGAUAAUUGGGAAGAUUGGAAGAAUCUGGCCGAGCAGAGACUGCAUCAAGGAAUUGAAUAUGUUCAACAAAUACCACCAACUCAGCUGUAUGCUGCAAUGGCAGUCUUGCUUCUGACCACCAUUUUGCUCUUAUCAAUUCGCUUGCUAAGACAUACAAAGUCCAAUACCGUACUUCUUACUGGGCUAAGCGGAAGUGGGAAAACUGUGCUCUUUUAUCAACUCCAGGAUGGAUCUGCACAUCAGGGAACCGUAACGUCAAUGGAUCCAAAUGAAGGAACUUUUGUGUUGCACAGUGAAAUCGACAAGAAAGACAAAGUAAAGCCUGUUCAUCUUGUUGAUGUUCCGGGGCACUCCCGGCUUCGGCCCAAGCUAGAAGAGUUCUUGCCCCAGGCAGCUGCUGUAGUGUUUGUAGUGGAUGCAGUGGAGUUCCUUCCAAAUUGCCGUGCAGCUUCAGAAUAUCUGUACGACAUCCUGACCAAUGGAAAUGUCAUCAAGAAGAAGAUUCCGGUCCUCCUCUGCUGCAACAAGACGGACAAAGUGACUGCCCACAGCAAAGAGUUCAUCCGCAAGCAGAUGGAGAAAGAGAUUGAGAAACUGCGGACGUCGAGAAGUGCGAUAUCUGCAGCAGAUAUUGCAAACGACUUCACGCUCGGGAUUGAUGGGCAGCCAUUCUCCUUCACACAUUGCCUGAACAAAGUCACAGUCGCGGAGUCGUCUGGUCUGACCGGCCAAACGGCUGAGAUCGAACAGUUCAUCCGGGUACACGUGAAGCCCUAAGCCGAAAAUACUGCAUCGAUGGACUUUUUUGUUUGAGGCUUGGUCUGUGAUUUGAGAUAAAGAUAUACUGUACAUGGAAUAUGUCACUCGUGAUAAUCUGGCCAUUGCUUCUACAGUUCUUCCUA